UGUGUUACGCACCGGUUUCCUACGCACGCGGCUGUACAGACUGCGUUUUCUCUCUGGCUGCCGCUUUACCGACUUGAAGCACUAGCUGACAUCAGAAUAGUAACGCUUCCUACGCGACAGAAUUAUCCAACUCGUACGGGCGGAGCUCGCUCUCACACUGCGCUAUGCCAAAGAAUAAAGGUAAGGGAGGCAAAAACAGAAGGCGAGGUAAGAAUGAGAAUGAAUCGGAAAAGCGAGAGCUUGUCUUCAAAGAAGAUGGACAAGAAUAUGCCCAAGUAAUCAAGAUGUUGGGAAAUGGCAGACUAGAAGCCAUGUGUUUUGAUGGAGUGAAAAGGUUAUGUCACAUAAGAGGAAAACUACGAAAAAAGGUUUGGAUAAACACAUCAGACAUCAUAUUGGUUGGCUUACGAGACUAUCAAGACAACAAAGCAGACGUUAUUCUAAAAUACAAUGCAGAUGAAGCCAGAAGUCUGAAAGCCUAUGGGGAGCUUCCAGAGCACGCUAAAAUUAAUGAAACGGACACCUUUGGCCCUGGUGAUGAUGAUGAAAUUCAGUUUGAUGACAUUGGAGAUGACGAUGAAGAUAUUGAUGAUAUCUAACGUAAGACCAUUAUUCCAUUCCAAGUUCCAAGGAUUGUUCCGCUAUGUUUUGUUUGGGAUUUUGAGUGCAGUCCUUCUAAAGAGAUUCUCCACUGAAUAAAAUUUAUUUUCACAGUUUUAACGUAUUUAUAUUCAUUGAGCAGAGGUCAAAAAUGCUUGAUCUGGAAAAUCUGAGCGGUAAAAUUAAUUUCCUUACUUGAGCUACACUAUUGUGCUCUGCCCAGUAUAAAACGAUGGGGACGUGCUGCCUUUGAGUUCAUUUCUCUACCUGAGGAAUCCACUACUUCACCGUUGUUUUUAAGUCUCUCGAUCAUGAUUUAAUUUGAUUGGACACUUGUUAGAUUAAGGAGAUGCAGGAUCUUCCAACUGCACAGGCAUUGUUCAUGAUAUUCUGCUGUGUCUGAAACUGUUGCAUUCAUGAUCUCCAUUUUAUACGAGUUCUUAUGCUCGAGAUAUUGCAUCCCCCAUCUUCAUUAUGGUUUUACUUCUGAUAAUUCAGUUUUCAUAUUGUUCUGGGAAGGAACUAUUCAAUUGUGAAAUAUAUACAUGAGGUUUAAGAACUGAAUAAAUCUUUACUCAAUA